AUGGACCACGACGCGUCCAAUUCGAAGGCAGUUCUGGGUAACGACUACGUGUCGACUGCAGCUCUACUGUCCUUGACCAGUUUCUUCAACGCACUUUCGCUCUCGAGGACUUUGUCCAACUCUCUCGAAACGUCUCUAUGCUCACUGGCAUUCGCCUAUUACCCAUGGGACGCCCACCCAGAUGUCACACCUCAUGUCACCUUCAACAAGAAGAUGAUACUAUUCAGCGCACUGGCAUGUGUGAUAAGACCCACGAAUGCAGUAAUCUGGACAUUCCUCUACAUGCGGUUGCUCUGGGCGUACGGUCGAUACCGCACCCUCGUCGCCUCGUUCGUCCGGGAUGCCCUCCUGGCCCUAACUGUUGCCACGCUCGCUCUAUUUGUCAUCGACACACUCUACUACGGCAAAUCCACGUUCACCCCUUACAACUUCCUCCUCACCAACCUAUCUUCUGUCUCCCUGUUCUACGGCGGUAGUCCCUGGCACUACUACUUGUCGCAGGCUUUGCCGAUAUUAUGCACCACUGCACUCCCAUUCACUCUGCAUGGGAUGUACACGACGCUCAAGGACAGCAAUACCCCUAGAAAGAGCUACGCCCUUCAGGGCAUGUUCUGGACGAUCGUAUGGUCGGUGGGAAUAUACUCCCUCGCAGGGCACAAGGAGUGGAGGUUUAUCCACCCUCUUUUGCCCCUCCUACACGUAUUCGCAGCCAAAUCCCUCGUCAACUUGCGCACCAGCUUUGACAAAGCCUCAAAUACCCUCCGAAAGCAGAAGCCCAAAGCCAAGACCUCGUCACAAUCAAUUGCGGUCUUUGGUAAAGAUCUUCCCAUUCGCCGUGGGCACCUUUGGUUUCUGCUAUGUAUGGCACCCGCCACGAUCUACGUGGUGUUGUUCUACUGUAGUGGACCCAUCAGCGUGCUUUCCUACGUGAGGUCACUCCCACUUGGCGACCAGAAGAGCGAGAACCCGUUCACCGAUACUGUCGGCUUCCUUACACCUUGCCACUCAACACCUGGCCAUGCAUAUAUCCACAGAGAAGUCCUUGCGGAGGUUCCUGGCAGAAUCUGGGCCCUUGGAUGUGAACCUCCUUUAGGCGGCGAGAACCUGUCCUCUUACCAAGACCAAACGGACGUCUUUUUUGCCUCUCCGAAAUAUUACAUUACCAACCACUUCCCGCCACACGUCAACGUCGAUUUCCCGCCUUCACCUUAUCCCUCUUCUCAUCCCGGGCAACCGGGAAUUCAGAACUGGAGGCACGAGUGGCCCAAACAUCUUAUUCUAUUUGGUGAUCUUCUGAGAGAUGAAUUGGGAGUGAAAGGGUUGUUGGAGGAGAAAGGUUAUCAGGAAGUGCGCAAGUAUGGAAGAGACUGGGAAGGGGAGGGUAAAAGGAAGGGUGGAGUCCGGGUAUGGACAUGGCAAGGGUAA